UGGUGUUUCGCUCUCUCGCUGGCUCUUGUUCAUUGUUAUUAUUAUCAUUAUAGAAUACGGAAUGGAAGGAAUGCCCUCUCCCUCUCCCUCUUCCUCUUCUUCUCCGCCGCGCCCUAAGAGAGGAAGGCCAGUAAAGGGCAAGCUUCCCCACCACAAAAAUGGCGCUCAAACGCAAAUGUUACAAGAUAACGCCUCUAUGCCUGACAGGAUGGCGGACCAUAGCAAAACACAAGUUAAGCAAGAACAAGAACAACAACAAAAUAUUGGUGGGGGUGGGGAUGCGGAUGGCGAUGGCGAUGGCGAUGGUGAAGAAGAGGAAGUUGGUGAAGAAGGUGAUAAUGGUGGUGAGAAGGAAAAGGAAAAGGAAAAGGAAAAGGAAAAGGAGAAGGAGAAGGAGAAGGAGAAGAAGAGUGAGAGAAAAACCCAGGUUGCAGCAGCCCUUCCCCCUUAUCCAGAGAUGAUCAAAGAUGCUAUAUUUUCUUUAAAAGAAAAGACAGGCUCAAGCAUUCCAGCAAUCAUGAAAUUCAUGCAAAGUAAGUAUCAGGAUAGCUUGCCACCCAACUUCAAAAAGAAACUCACAAAACAAGUGAAGAGUAUGAGUGAGAAGGGAAUGUUGACAAGGAUGAAAAAUUCUUUUAAGCUGUCAGAUGAGUUAAAGAACCAAAAGAAAUCAGAACUUAAAAGAGGUCUCAAACAAGCUGUCUCUUGUAAAGGGGUUAAGCCAUCAAAUGAAGGUGAAAUGAAAAAAACAAAAUCAAAGAAAGUUAAAGAAUUCAAGCAGGAAGGACCUUCGGAACAUGAUACAGGUGUAGAAGAAGCAGACAUGCCUAUCAAGGAGAAGAAAAUAAUUCCAGCAAAGCAUAAAAAGAUAGCCAAUUCUGAAAAGGUUACAGAGAAGACAAAGCUUGAUAAAGCUGGAAAAAAGGCCAAAGUAGAGAAGGAUGUAUUAAAGAAAAUUACCUCUAUAAAGGAUGAGAAAGAAGUUGUAAAGAAACGAAAGAAAGUGUUGAAGAAGGAAUCAGAAGAUGCAGAUGAAAACCAAAAUGCCACGGAAAUGGAGACAGAAAAAGCUCCUGCCAAAGAGAAAGAAGGAAAGCCCUCAAAACCUUCAAAGGAGAAAUCUAUCAAAGACAUGGCGUCUUCAAAGAAGACUAAAACAAACAAAGUGGAAAAAGUAGCUGCAAACAAGCCAUCGAAAACAACUAAAACGACCAAAUAAAGUGGAUGCUUCAACCAAUUGAUAAUUGUUUGUCUUUUUUCUUUUUCCUUGAAACUCAUUGAUGUUUAAAGAUCUGAGAAGGGAAAGUCAGACCAAGUUUGGUCAUAAGUGAGCCAAUUAUUACUUACUAUAUGUAUUUUAUCACUCUUUUCUAUUUUGGCCACUUCAGGUGAUCUAUCUUACAGGACUAUUAUAUGACUAUAUACAUCUUUUCUAUUUUGGCCACUUCAGGUGAUCUAUCUUACAGGACUAUUAUAUGACUAUAUACAUAUUCGUUA